AUGACACAACUCAAGCUCACAGACUUCAAAGUCCUGACCUUCGACGUCUACGGCACGCUCAUCGACUGGGAGACCGGCGUCCUCUCCGCCCUCGCCCCCUCCCUUCCUACCGACCACACCUUCUCCCGCCGCCACCUCCUCGAGGUAUAUCACAAACACGAAGCCGCCCAACAAGCACUCACCCCAUCCAUGCCGUACAACGAACUCCUCGCCACCAUCCACCCACUCAUCCUCUCCGACCUCUCCGUUCCUUCGCCCGCCGAUUCCUCCGCCGCCACAACCUUCGGCAACUCAAUUGGCACCUGGCCCGCCUUCUCCGACACCGUCGCCGCCCUCCACACCCUCUCGAAGCACUACAAACUCGUCAUUCUUUCCAACGUUGACCGGAACUCUUUCUCCAAAACCAACGCCGGACCUUUGUCAGGCAUCCCCUUCGACCUCAUCCUCACAGCCCAAGACAUCGGGUCCUACAAACCCUCCCCCGCCAACUUCACCUACAUGCUAUCCCAAGUAGCAGACAAAUUUAGCGUCAGCCGCGAAGGCGUGCUGCAGACCGCGCAAAGCCAGUUUCACGACCACUACCCCGCGAGGGAUGCGGGGAUCAGGAGUUGCUGGAUCGAGCGGCCGGGAGCUGUGAUGGGGAAUUUGGAGGAAGGAGUGGACGUUGUCGCGGAUUGGCGGUUUGGGACUUUGGGAGAGAUGGCGGAGGCUGUUGAGAGGGAAGUUGCAGAACGAUAG